AUGGCCGCCUUCACACUUGACGCUGCCCCUAUCACGCGCGACUUUGGUCGCAGCGGCUACAACAAGGACGACGACGAUGCCACAAAGGGCAACAAGGGCCGCGCUAGCUACAGCCGCCGUCCCGAGUCCAACGCCAACAAGAGCUUCCUCGCUGGCGGUCGUGGCCACGGCCGUGGUGACGACAAGGGCGGCGAGAACGGCGGUCGCUCCGGCUACAACUGA